AUGGCUGUCGAGACGUUGAACGGCUUGACGCGGGUCUGUACUGGGUAUCAGUACGGCAAAUUGGAGUUGGAGAACCCUCCGACUGAUACGUCGGAGUUGAUCUCGCUUCCAGUCAUGAGCUGGAAGCGCUUCGCUAAGGACCUGUACAAUGGACGCAUCGAACAGCUAUGCAUUAUUCGGAAAGAGUUGAGGCAACUCUUCGCUGGAAGCGCCACUGAGAGUGAGGAUACUCUCAGUGCCAAGACGAAGAAGGAGCGCUUCGAGGAGCAGAGUUGGGACUCACUGAAGUCGAGUUCCUACUACGAGAUUCUGCGAGAGCACAGGGACGGGAGCAAGUGA